CAAAAAUUAAAUACCAAUGCAGAUUUUUUACUAACAUGGAUAACUUUGACGCAUUUGGUUCUAAGGCUGGAUAUUCAUUAUAUUUCAGAAAGAUUGCAGCCUAGCCUUGUACUUCAUAUUUCAAGUGUAAACCUUGUCUUAGUAUCACAAUCAAUUACGAAUUAUCUCGUAUUAUCCACAAACACUGAUAUGCCAGAGCGUCUUAAAUCAAAGCAGUUCUAAUUGGUAUUGCAGCCAACACUAAUAAUUAAGAAUGGAAGCUUUAAGGUUUACAGGUUCUACCCAAGUUUUAGAAUACCUGGAAGUUCCAGUACCCAAAAUUACAUUACCCGAUCAGGUGCUGAUUAAAGUUGCUUUCGCUGGAGUAUGUGGUACUGAUCUUCAUAUAAUCGCGGGUGAAUUUCCAUUCUCUAAUAAAGGAACUAAAAUUUUGGGACAUGAAUUUUCCGGAACCGUAGUCGAUGUAGGUUCUUCAGUGAAAAACAUCCAAAAGGGAGAUAGAGUUGCAGUAGAUCCCAACGAAGGUUGCAGAUGUUGUGACUUUUGCCACUCUGGCAAUCCUCACUAUUGUAACAUAGGAGGUAUCCAAAACACCGUUGGAAUUCAUAGAGAUGGAGGUUGGGCCACAUAUGCCAUGGUACCCACAAAUCUUGUCCAGAAAUUACCAAAUUCGAUUACAUUGGAACAAGCUGCUCUAGCUGAGCCACUUGCUUGUUUAUCCCAUGGAUGGGAUAUGUUGUCUCCAGUACCUGUAGGUUCUAGGAUUCUUAUAACUGGAGCAGGAAUUAUUGGAAACCUUUGGGUUUCGCUGCUCCAUUUACAAGGUCAUAAAAAUGUUACUGUUUCAGAGCCUAAUGUGACUAGACUUAAUUUCGUCAAAAAAUUAGACACUGGAUAUAAUCUAAUCACUCCGGACCAAUUAACCAAGAAUAGAGCAACCGAUCCAAAUUAUGCUUUUGAAGUAGUGAUCGAUUGUAGCGGAUUUUGUCCGGCGAUCCAGCAGGGCUUAAGCCUCUUAACUAAGGGUGGCAAACUUUGUUGUUUUGGAAUACCUCCUCCAGAUCAAACAAUCACUGUUGCUCCAUUUGAUCUUUAUGCCAGAGAAAUUACCAUUUUUGCAGUGAACGUUAAUCCGUUUAGUAUGGUUAAGUCAAUUGGAUUUAUUGAAGCCAUGGGAUCAAGAUAUAUCGCAUACGAGAAAUUAGGAAUUCAGGUGUUUGAACUCAAAGACUACCGAAAGGCUUUAGACCUACUCAAGAGUGGAAGUAUUGCUAAGGCUAUGUUUAAGUUGUAAAAUUUGCUGUAAAUAAAUGGAAUUUUUGUAGAACACACUU